AUGGCUACAGAAACACAGUCCGCACCACCGUCUUUGACGUUCCCCUUGCGUGUUCUCCAGAUCCCGCUGGUACACUCCAGCCUCGAUACGAUCCAUAACACGCUCUCCAGCUCGCCAUACACAAAGUCCGCCUACCAGACAUCCACCGCGUUCGCCCACACUGCACUGGAUACCGCUGCCCGUGUCACUGCGCCCGUCUACCCAAAAGUACUCCCCAUCGUCACGGCUGCAGAUGGUUAUGCGAACAAAGGUCUUGACACGCUUCAAUCGCGCUUCCCCUAUCCGUUCGAGUCGUCCCCCGAGACGAUGUACAAUGACCUCAAGAAGGCCCCAGAGGAUGCACGCAACGUCGCCUACAAGACAAUUGAUGAGCGUAUCAAAACGCCAGCCUAUGGGCUCGCAAAGGAUGUUGAUGCCCGUCUCGCACCCCUUGUUGACCUUCUCGAGUCUCUUUUGAUGCGAAUUCACGUUGCUCCAGAGCCCGCGCCGCUCUCGUCGCCUGGUGCUUCAACCUCGACGGCCAUCUCCGAUAAGGCCCAGGUCACUCGUGCAAAGGAGCUCGUGUUUGGGGCCAAAGAUCACAUCAUUGACCUCACUACCGAGCAGGCAAAGACGCUAAGGAAUCAGAACAUUUACAUGUACGUGCAUACUUCUGGCGUAAUGGCCACCCCAUCCCCAAAUCUUAUUCGACGCGAUCACUUCGGCCGCGUUGGAUGCCCCAUUCUCAUUCAACGGGCUGCCGAGCAAGCUGAAUCUAUCAAUGCCACCCUCACCGCUCAGUACCAAAACGCGCAAGCCGGGAUCUCCGCCUACAAGGGAAAGGGAGUCGAGUUGACAAGAGAAGCACAAGCUCGCGUCCAUGCACUAAGCCACAACCUCAUCACCGAACUCGAAAAGGUCCAGAGUACAACCGCCUCGCUUCCCGCCCACAUCCAAGCCACCUUCAAGCCCUUGACCGAUGAAAUUAGCUCGACGCUCGCCGAGAUUAAAGGCGUUCUGACAUCACAAGAGGAAGGAGUCACCUUGAGCGAAAAGACAUCUCGUGUUGGUGCUGUCAUCAAGGAGAGGAUCGGCCCCAUCGUUGAGCAAGGCAAAGCGCUCUACGCCACGGCCAUCGAUAAAUUUUCAGUCAAGAAGGAUCAGGCUGUGGCGACGACGGCGGAUACGGCAGAGCAUCUUACGAAUGGGACUACCUAG